CAGAGAGGGACAAACACACAGAUGGAGAAAGCUUGCCAAAGGAGACACACUCUUUCCUGCGCCUCUCAUUUCCUGCUUCUUGCUCUCCGACUAAUAUCCAAUUCUUUUUACACUUUUUUGGUGCCGGCUUGUCAGCAACCUCUUUUUUUGACUUCACUCUUCAGCUUUUCCUGUGCUUGCUGUGUUUAAUGUUUCUUCACCGUUGCUUCCUGGCUCCUUCCUGACAAAUCUUUUUCCUUUAACUUGCUUUCACUUUUUUCAAAAGUUUCCUUAUCUUCCUUCCAUCAUUUCCACUCUCUUGUCUGCCGUCUUUUGGAUGGAUAGCUACUCUGUCCUCUACAGUUCUUCCCACAGAACCGGACUUCUCUCUGGCUUCCAGCGCCUUCGCUCACAGAGGAAGAUGUGUGAUGUUGUCUUACAGGCUGGCGGCAUAUCUUUUCCCUGUCAUCGCGCCCUUCUAGCCAGCUCCAGUGACUAUUUUUGGGCCCUGUUUGGAGAGACUACUGCAGAGAGAUUAGCAGGCUCCAUUAGCCUCCCUGCGCUAACACCAGAGGGCUUAGAUGCCAUUCUGGACUUCCUGUAUUCAGGUUGGCUCAGCAUCUCACCCUCCACACUUCCUAUUGUCCUGGAAACAGGCAGGUACUUGCAGGUGGAAACAGCUGUGGCGAUAUGCGAGCGUUACAUGACUGAUGGUUUAAAUGCCAAGAACUGCUGUGACUAUGCUAACCUGGCUGAGCGCCACGCCCUCUCAAAUGCACUUGAGGCUGCCAAUCAAACCAUUGCCAUGGAGAUGGGAAGCUUGAUACAAGAAAGCAGGGACGAUCUCCUGACGUUGAAUAUUGAAUCACUCUUGGCGGUUCUGGAUGCUGAUGAGAUACCUAGUGUUAAGGAGGUGGAGCUCAUAAAGCUGGUCCUGGAUUGGCUGGAUGAUAACGGGCCCCUCCCACUCCUGAAAUCAAAUCUUUUGUUGAGUCGUUUGCGCUUUGGAUUGGUCCCCCCGUCUGACCUCACAAAUAUCAGCCAUGCCCACAGAGCCAUGGCCACACCUUUAAUAAGGAGCCAGCUGACACGAGCAUCCGAGUACCACAGGCUCGGUUCAACUCAGCCCAUCAGGCAGAGCCGGCAGACAACGCUUAGAGCAUCACCCAAUUGCGUGCUUCUUGUGGGUGGCGGGUCCAGCACUGAUUGGCCAGAAAAGCAGGUGAUGGCGUUCGAUCCAAAGAGGAAGAGGUUUUCAUCUUUGACUUGUGUUCUUCCGCUGAGACUGAGAAAUCCCUGCGUGUGCUCAGUGGGAGGUUUCCUCUUUGUGAUUGGAGGAGAUGAAGUGAAAGAGGGAGAUGAAGAUGAGAAAAGGCUUGUUACUGUAGCAACAUCCAAUCAGGUGUGGCGGUACGAUCCUCGCUUUAGUUGCUGGGAGCAGGUGGAGUCCAUGCUGGACAGGAGGGCACAGUUCACUUGCUGCGUGGUAGAGGAUGUUAUUUAUGCUUUGGGCGGACGACACACACGACCAGACACCAACACACAUGCCUCUGUAGCUUCUGUGGAGUUUCAUGAUAUAGCCACAGGAGCAUGGAGGAAAGGGCCACCAAUGCCUCAGACACUUUACGGCCACGCCUCUGCUGUGCUUGACAACAGCAUCUAUGUGUCAGGUGGUGUUCCGGGUAACUAUAGUUACACUCAGGAUGAAAGCAGGGAGAGCAGCAGAGAGGUCUUCUUCUGGGAUCUUAAAGGCAGAGUCUGGGAAAAGAGGGCAUCCAUGUCCAUCGCCAGGUUCAGUCAUCGCUUGGCAACUGCUCAUGGCUACAUCUAUGCACUGCUGGGGAUGUACGAACCCUUCUGUGAUAUUGAACGAUACCAUCCACAGUCAGAUCACUGGAUGCGACUCAAGCCGCUUCUCACUGGCUCCUUCAACUACGGCAUGGUAUCCAUGUCAUCUGGGAAUCUUCUGGUUUUCGGAGGGAGAAGGUGGAGUAACGGGCAGGAGGUGGUUGUGAAGAGUGUGCUGGAGUAUGAUACAAAGAAAGAUUGCUGGAGAGAGAUCUGCCAGCUUCCCAGACCUCUCACUGGGACUGAGUGUACGCUGCUGCCUCUGCCAGACUAAAGAGCACAAAAAGUGAGAAAUGUAUUUUACAAGUGCUGAGAGCCAGUUCCUAAAGUGAGAAUUUCACUUUGAGUGGGUGUAAUAUGGUAUCAAAAUGCUGAGCAGAUGCUUUAAAAUCAACCACAAUGUAGUACAUUUUACCCCCAUUUUCCCCAGGCUGUUCAAACUCUAGGUUUUGGGUACUAAAACACAGAAAUAAGGAUAUUGCUCAUAGUUGAGCAAUAGUCUUUGGGGCCUGUGCGGGAAACUAGGUUGGGGGACAUGAAAUGUUUACUACCACGCAGCCCUUAACAACUUCCUCAGUUGUAAUACUUUUAUUUUUUAAUAUUAUUUCUGGUCUUUCUGGUCUAGGGAAAAAUAUCAAACAACUAGUUUUCUCCUACUAACAGCUAGCCUAAGGCGUGUUGUCUACACUUAUUUGCAUUUGACACAUGAAGGUGUACAGCAACAAAGCAGUUUGAUUAGCUUAGCAUAAGGCACACAGCCAAACACAGUAUAUAAUUUUUAACACUUUUAUGUCUACAUUGAUUAAAGAUGUAGCCUAAGGUUUCAUUUAAUUCAUUUUAAGCUAGCUGUUUUUUCUGUUUCCAGUAUUUAUGUUAGGCUAGGCUAGGCUAACCUUCUUCAAGAUAAUCCAAAUAUUUCUGAUCUAGAGUUAUAUAAAAAUCCCAAACAAAGCUCAUAUCUUUUUCCUUAA